AUGGAAGAUAUUCUUAAUUUAUGGACAAAGGAAUUGGAGAAACAAACAAAGGAUUUCCAUAAGCAAGCGAACCAAGUGGCCAAAUGGGAUCAACAAUUGAUUGAGAACGGAAACAAGAUUACUAGCUUGCAUGAGAAUGUGACCAAGGUGGAGGUAACUCAACGCGAGAUUGAUCAAAACCUGGAAUACAUCAACACGCAACAGGAAGAAUUAAACGCGAUUCUUGACACGUAUGAGAAACAAAUCAUGGAAGUGUUUGAUGAGAGUAACUUGCAACAACCGAUGCAACCUGCGGAUGUUCAAAGAGAGAGAGCGUAUGGUAUGGCUGAGAGUUUGAAUGCUCAGUUGGAUGAUGUGAACCGUAAUUUGAAUGUGAUGGUGGAAGAGAUUAACAAGAUGGGUAGUUCUCAACAGCUCUCAACGACGGAUGAGAACGAUGAUGAUGUUGUAGGUCAAAUUGUACAGAUCCUCAACUCUCAUUUGUCUUCUUUACAAUGGAUUGAUACGCAUUCGAUUGAUUUACAGAACAAAAUUCAGGAAGUGUCCAAGUUGCAAAGCGAGGUUGUUAGAAAUCAAGAACCUUUGCGCAGAUAA